GUCGUCAUCCGCAGCCAUGGCCACGGCGACGCUGCUGCCGUCGGUGCUGCCGCUGCUGUGGGCGUCGCCGGGCUUCGCGGCCGCCUACCUCUGGUUCGCGCUCGGGCUGGGCCCGCGCAUCAUGCGCGGCCGCGAGCCGCUCCGCCCCAAGACGGUGCUGGCCGUGUACAACGCGCUGCAGGUGGCGCUCAACGUGGCCAUGCUGUGCAAGAGCGUCUCGCUGUUCGUGGACCGGCGCUACGACCUCAUGUGCCCGCGCGCGCAGCCGCCGCUGCACGUCGUCAUGGGCGACUCGCAGGCGCACGCCUUCGCGCUGGAGGUGGCGCGCGUCGCUCACUACCAAGCAUCAAUGCGGCUGCUGGAUUUGGCAGAUACUGUGUUCAUAGUGCUGGCCAAGAAAACAAGACACCUCACUUUCUUGCAUCUUUACCAUCAUUGCAGUGUAAUUUUGUUCGCCUGGACAAUUUUAAAGAUAGAUAUUGGAGGCACGGUAACCCUUCUUCCGGCCAGCAUCAACAACUUCGUGCACGCCACCAUGUACUCCUACUACUUGCUCUCGCUCUUCGGAUUCCAGCUCGCUCGAUCCUGCAAGAAGUACAUCACGCAGCUGCAAAUUCUCCAGUUCGUGUUGGUGGUGCUCUAUCUGCUGCAAGCUAUAAUGCGCAAAGACUGUGAUACGUCACUUCCAAUAAUAGGACUCAACUUUACUCAAGGUGUAGUGUUCCUUUGGCUCUUUCUUCAGUUCUACCGAGGAGCCUACCAUAAAAAGAAAGAAGUCUGAUCGUAGCAUCAUGACGAUUUGGCACCACUGUCGUUACCCCCCAGCUAAGGCAGCAAGAGAAAACAUCAAACCAAGUGCAUCCUACUGAUCUGUGACGCAUCAUCCAUUGACGUAAUCAUCAUUGCCAUCGUAUAGCAAAUACCAGGUGACACAAGACUGAUGUUUCUCUUACCGAACGAGAAAAUUAGAACUGACGGAGUUUUACUUGAAGAAUACUUUUGAAUUCCAACGAACGUCUGUGAUACCCAAUAGUUCUCGGUGGGUAGAAUAAAUAAUGUAGCGGGCAGGUACAGUCCCAUUCACAAAUAAACCUUUGUGUGAAAUGAGUGUGGGUUUCGGGUUAACAUAUAUUUAAGGUCCCAUAACGUUACUUCUUUGUUAUUCUUCCUCGUAUUCAUCAAAUUAGAAACCAAGAAUGAUAACAAUCACUACAAUGUGUAACUAUCAUCAUUGUAUCCUGUAAUAUUUCUUUUCCUGCGAAGGAAUGCUUGAAUAACGUGUUUUAGACUACGCUGCCGGAAGAAUCCAUUUUGAUCGGCCCUUUCUUCUCUUGUGAUACGCUACACUUAACCACUUGCCUCCCAGCUGAUUCCGUCCACUUGACUCUUGUUGACUCAGCUACUUAAUGUUGACUAAAUACAACACGCGCUCUCCAAGAUAAAUGCUAAGUGGAAAAACGAGCCAUGAAAGGAUUCCGACUGAAUGGAUUAAUGCAUUGGAAAUCAAAGAAAUAGUUUACAUACCGGGAAUAUAAUUUGAGCCAAUAAAACACGGAAUGAUCUCUCGUUGAUAUUGCAAUUCUUGCCUCAAGUUCAUGAAAUGUAUACUCUGAAAUCAAUGUAAUUUCUUGGUUAAUGUAAAUGAAAAAAGUGUUUAAAUGCAUUAAACAGCUUUUACAUAACUAAAAUGAAAUUAAUUGUUUAAAAACUACAUGCAAAGUACAGAAUUGAAACACAGCUCAAGAUAUCAAAGUUAUUUAAUAAUCGUUGUUUUUUUAUAGUGUAUUUUUCUCCAUGAUGAACUUUGUUAUCAAAAUUGUGAAUGUGAGAGUUACAAGUGUUUGCAAGUUAUCUGACAUCAAAUUCUCGUAUUAAUUCCAUUAUCAAAAUCAAUAAUGUCAUUACUUGGAAAUAUUUUUGUUUAAAUUUGUUUUAUUUAGUAUAAUUUACUAAAAAGGAUCUCGGUUAUUACUACUGCAGUAAAUGGAUCAAAAGAAUACAAUCCGCAAAUGUAAAAAAUACAGUAUAUUUUAAGUCUUCAUCAGUCUUCAAAUAAAUCAAAAUUUUAGCUGUCAAGAGAUAGAAGUUGUCUCUAUCCUUCAGUAUGUGCGAAGCGUGAGUAUGUUUCAUUUCCCUGGUCGUAUUGACGAAGAUUUGAUAUUCAAAUAACAAAACGAGUGUUGUACCAACUUUAUAAUGUGACCUGGUUAAUAUUAUUGAAUUAUCCAAUAAGUGUCACACAGAAACACGAAUUGAUAGGAAGUGAUUCACAGAACCUUAUUGUAAGUCGUUCCGUGGCAUGGCAGUUUUUUAAACUUAAUCACUGUAAUAUAAAAAAUAGUACAAUAAAAAUAAAUCUCACACAAUUAUAAAAGAUUCUCUUACAAAAACUGAAACAGUUCAAAUAUAUCUGUGAUGUGAAAAGUGUCUUGCCCAACAUAAUUUUUGCUUAUAACUCAAAGGCACAAUUUACAGAUAAACAUUUACAAACAUUAACUUUAAGAACUAAUAAGAACAUAUUUUGAUUAUUUUACAAAAAGUGAGUAUCAUAAUAGUUAUGGUUCACUGUCUACUUUAUUUAUUUCUUGUAUAUACAUUGUCCCGUAUGACAAGUGAAAAAAUCUUAAUUUAUUUGUUGUUAAUAUUUGAGAGAUGGGCAAACAUUUGAUAGACGGCUCAUAUGAGUGUUCAAAAAAUUAUUUAUAGAGACAAUUAUGCAAACGAAUGUACAUAAACUUUAAUUUCAAAAUAAUUACCCAUCUACUUUCUCUGAAACAGUCACAAAAUGUAUGUGGCAACUCAUGACUUUUUGAGAGAAUCAAUAUUUUUGCUCAUUCCUCGCAAUCACAUUAGUAAUAAUGUUUAGUUCUCAAUGAGAAAGUGAUUUUCAAGAUUCAUUAUUUGGACCUCAGAAUCAUCCGAACUGUAACGCAAACUAUUAAGAAUCUUAUUGCACCAUUCCAGAUUUGUUCGUCAAAUUGGACGUUGGUUUCCAACACUGAAUAUACAAAUAUAUGUAGAAGUGUUUCCUCUUCUCAAAGAGGUAAAAAGUGGGCACUAAGAAUUUUUUGUAGUUUUAAUCUCGAGAGAAGAGGAAACGAAGACCAAAGUACAAGCAAUUCAGUACCAACGGCCAGUAUACAACAUACACCUAAAUUUUAUGUAAAUUGUAUGUACAGCUCUGCAUGCCGAAGUUGUUGGAGACAAAUUACUCCUUUAGACCUAAUAAAAAGUUGUUUUUUCUAAACACAGAAGUUCUAUUUGUUUUUGUACAAAUCCUGAGAAAUGGUUAUAUACUAUGACAGUUAUGAAUUUGAAAUAGAUAUCCUUACUGAUUAAUCUACUGAAGUGAAUACAAAUAAGUCAAAAAUCAAAUAUCUUCACUAUAGGUAGUUAAAUAACACUUCUUUCCGCUACAAAAAAAAUCGGUUGUGAUAGCAG